CAAAAACCCGACGGCAACCCUUAUAUCGUCGCAUGGCGUCAGCCCGUGUCACCUUACGACCUCUCUAUCCGUCUCUGUUCCCGCAACUGCCUUGGUGCCGUCAUUGCUGCCGUCUUGCGCGCCGUUGUCCAUGGCUGUGUCGUCCUUGUCGUGAGUGCUCUGCUGGUAGAAGCUGGCCGAUAUCUCCUCGAGAGUGCGGCCGGUCGUCUCCGGGAUGCAGAACAGGAUGAAAAACACCAACAGGGCGUUGGUGCACGCGUAAAAGAAAAAAGUGCCUGCAGGAAUGAACGCGACAGACAUACACAGACACCAUCAGUCAGGGCUUCCUGCGUUGGCCUCGCUGAACUGACUGACCGGAUCUGGUGAGGAGUGUGAACAUGGAUUCGAGAGUGGAUUGUAUGAUGAAUGCGAAGACCCAGAAGGUGGUGAUGACGCACCCCAUGCCCAGCGACCGAACCUCCUGCGGCAACACCUCACUCGCUACCACAUACAUCAGCCCCGCCCAACUGAUCGAUCGCAGCCACACACAUACACACCACAUAGCAUAGAGAGAGGCAGUGGGGAGUGUCUGUCUGUCUGUCUGUCUGCUGUCCACCUCAUGUUCCAGAAAAACAUGAACACAAUCAUCGCGCAGGCAGCUGUAGUCGGCCAGGACGGGUGGCUCUGUGAUAAAUGGCAUCACCAACGAAUACAGAGAAACCCAUUUGCACAGAACAGAGGAGAAAGACGUCUGCCUGGCUGGUUGGCCGUUCUUCCUACCGGCAAGAAUGACAGUGCCAGGACGAUGUGACAAAUGGUGGUACCUGGCGGGCGGAAACACACACAGACACAGACAACGGACCUUGAUCGGCUACGGCCUUGAUCGGUCUCACCUAAAGUCCCUAUGAGCAGUAGCCCCUUCCGCCCUAGCGUCUCAAUCAGAAAAAAUGUGAUCAACACACCUGUCGUCUAAACACACACACACACACGAGUCCCAAGCACUUAUACAUGGUGUUUGUGAGGUGGCUCACUAUCUCUUUGCCUGCCUCACUGUCUCACCUUUGCGACCCCAAUGCCCACACCAGCAACAUACGGGCUUUUGACGCCGGCUAGCAUGAAAAUGUCGGUCGAGUACGGCAGCAACGCAGGCGCCGCCAUCAUGUUCUACAGACGCAACACCACACACACAUCAUUAAGUGCGUGAGUGAGGUGGCAGCCAUAUCUCGCAGACCGCCCGACCUGUGCGACGGCACAUCCGAGUGCCACAAAAAGGGGGGCGCGGUUGCGCCACAGCUUAGCCAGCCCCCUGCAUACACACAGCACAGCAUCCAUACCAUGCACAAUAGACACACAUCGAUACGAUGGAUCCAGAGAUCCAUCCACCCACCCGGCCCCCGUCGCCCCCACUCACUUUCUGCUGGACCGCACAAAGCGAAACGACUCUGCAAAGUCCACCAACCACUGUGCCGUGAACAUCUCGUCGCUGGCCCGCCGCCCCGGUAUGAUCCGCCCCUCCACACAUCGCAGCAGCCGACCACUCGCAGAGUGCACCUCUAACCUCGGAGGCCGCGUGUCGCCGUUCUGCUGCUCAUGUGCAUGUGCGCUGCCGCCUGUCGAUGACGAGUGCUCGUUAGUACUAUUCGUCGGGGGCUGGUAGCGGUCCGACGACUGAUGGGCGGGUGGGGCACCGGCAGGCUCGGUCGGCGCCGUGGAUGGGGAGGCGCAUGACGAUGCAUCUGCCGAAGCGGAAGCCGCGUGGAGUGCGGCGACCCGUGCGUUCUCCUGGGCCUGCUUCAUGGCAAGGGCGCGGUCACGCUCCUCCUCCAUCUCGCGAAGCUGAACACACACAAGCGAGAAGAACACCCGUGUGGUGUGAGUGGAAAGGUCUACCAGGGCCUGUCAGGGUUGUUCCUCCUUUCCCUUGUUGUGUUACCAAUUCUUCGAUUUCCUCGUCAGAGCCGACGCCCAGCCGUCUCAUGUUGCGGCGAGCAGACUCCUUGCGAUCCUUGGACAUCAACCUGACGCAGCCAACCGACCAACCAAUCAACCAACCAAAUAUGGGGUGGCUGUAGUAUGCCGUGCUAUACAUACUGACCAUCUGGGGCUCUCGGGGAGGAAGCUGAGUCCCAGACACUGCACGGCCCCCACAAUGCCGGCGAUGGCCAGGAGCCACCGCCAGUAGGGCGCCGUGUCAACCAUCAGGGCUGCAGUCCCAAACGUAAAGAUGCACCCGAUACACUGACAUAUCUCCUGCACACACACACACACACAUCAGUUUUAUGGCUGAGUGUGCAGUGCGUCCAGUUCAGUUACUCACUCACUCACUGACCUGCAGCAGCCCCAGCCUCCCUCUGAGGUGUGUGGGUGACACCUCCGAUGUGUAGGUGGAGAAGACCACCAUGCCCACGCCCACACCCAGACCCACAAAGAACCUCCCCACUAGCAAGAUCCAGUAGGCCGGCCCCAGGCACAUGAGCAGGGCAGCCACCACCAGCAGCGCAUCACUGAUACCCAAAGCAGGCAGCCGGCCGAGCCGACGGGCCACAACACCACCAUACAAACUGCCGACAACGGCGCCUGCGCAAUCAAUGCAUCAGAUGGGUCGUGACAGCACGGUUGGCUGAGGGAUGGAUGAAGGGUGUGUGUGUGUGUGUGUGUGUGUGUGUGUGUGUGUACCAGGCGCCGGCAUGGCGACGAAUAGCUCCUUGAGUAGGCAGGAGAACUGUUGACCACAGACGUUGAACUCAUUACGCACAGGCUCCAGCACCACAGACACAACUGUAAGGUCAUAGCCCAACAACAAACCUGCACCAACAGAAACGACAAAGGUCUGCACAUUCCACUGCACACCGCACCCACUCACCCACUCACCCACCCACCUGUCAUGGCUGCGAAGGACACCACCAGAAACAGCAGUGCCCGGCUCCGCUGCGGCCCUUGCGAAGAGGAGCCGCCCGCUCUCCCCCUGCCCUCCUCGGCUCUCGCAAGCUCCCCAUUCGUGUGCAUGCUGCCGUCCUUGGCCGCAUUUGCCGCAGUGUGGUCAUGGUCGAUGAGGCGCUCACGCGGCAGGUCGCUCUCAAACGUGGCACGCUUCAUCAAAUGAGAUAUCGGCUGGAAACCAGCUUCCUCUCCG